AAAAGUGAUAUAUAUUACAAAAAAGACACAAAUUAAUAAUAAACAUAUUCGAUAUAGUCGUAAAUAAGAUACCUUUGUGCAUUUGAAUCAAUUGAAGGUCAUUUCAAUUGAAACGCGCAAAUAGAAAUUUGUUUGCGACAAAAGCACAACUAUUGUUUAAUUACCGCUGACGCAUUAGGAAAUCGCUGUGACUGCUGUACUUUUUUUUUAUAAUCGAAUCUCUUCAGUUGAAAAACAAGACAAAAAUUGCUAAAUUAGCUACAUACACGUACAACACAUCUACCUACAUACGAACAGCAUCAGCAUCUAUUCAGCGAGGCCGAGAUUCAAAGCUCAACACUGAAGUCGUUAGCCGGUACGCCAAUUUCUUCGUACACAUCUUUAUUAUCAUCUUUCCGAUCACUUAACGGCACACUCAUCAUAGCUGAAACGCUGUUUGUUUAAAUUAUUUUAUUUUGAACGUUUUGCUGCUAUGGCCACUUCAUCAGUGCUCCCCAACAAUUCGACAAUUUCGAAUUUAGCAUCAGCGGUCGCUGUCAAUUCCUCAUCGUCGUCGUCGUCGUCGUCGUCGUCGUCGUCAUUAUCGACUACUGCUACUAUUACUACCUCACCUACUUUAAUUUCAACACGUAAACGCACUUACGAGACUGCAAUCUCAAUGCCCGCUGUCGCAACAAAAACACGAGGAGCAACUGCUGCUAUAGCUAAGGCAACACUUGCGAACAAAAUGAAUGCGAAUGUUAAUGGUAAUGAUGUUUCUCUCAGAGACAUACUUGUGGAUGGUGUUAGUACUGCCAGUAAUGCAACAACGAUAAACAAAGAUUAUACACGCACAGUUUCGCAAAGUGAACCAGACGAGGAGGCAGCCUCUGGUUCUUCAUCAUCCUUAUAUUAUGAUAGUCCAACCACAAGGGAAUAUGUACCGGCAAUGACUGCGGUAUUGCCAACAUUAAGCAGUGGCUCAUCAGAUAUAGCGACAAUUUGUAAGCCAGCACCACUGGCCACCGACGAAGAGGCUGCCAUUGAACGUGAGAAAUGCGAUUACAACUACAAAAUCACCUAUCAAAUGGCUCGUUCGGGUCAAACGAAACGACGCGUACGUGUCUACGCCGAUGGUAUUUAUGAUCUUUUCCAUCAAGGCCAUGCCAGGCAGCUAAUGCAGGCGAAAAACAUUUUCCCAAAUGUUUACUUAAUUGUUGGUGUGUGUAAUGAUGAGCUAACACAUCGUAUGAAGGGACGUACCGUCAUGAACGAUCAGGAACGUUACGAGGCGUUACGUCACUGCCGCUAUGUGGAUGAGAUUGUACCCGAUGCACCUUGGACUUUAUCAGACGAAUUUAUUGCAUCGAACAAAAUUGAUUUUGUUGCACACGAUGACAUUCCAUAUACCGGCGCCGGCUUGGAGGAUAUUUAUGCACCAUUGAAGGCUAAAGGCAUGUUUGUGGCCACUGAACGUACAGAAGGCGUUUCUACUUCGGAUAUUGUCGCCAGAAUUGUCAAGGACUACGACUUAUAUGUUCGCCGCAAUUUGGCACGCGGUUACUCGGCCAAAGAUUUAAAUGUUUCAUUCCUUUCGGAGAAAAAGUUUAGAUUCCAAAAUAAAAUGGAUGAACUGAAGAGUCGUGGACGUCGUGAAUUGAACAAAGUCAAAGAUGAUAUUAUCACAAAAUGGGAGGAAGCAUCACGUGACUUUAUCGAUGCAUUUCUACUGCUUUUCGGACGUGAACGUCUCAAUCAUUUCUGGAAUGAAUCCAAAGGUAAACUGAUACAGGCGCUUAGUCCACCCGGCAGUCCAAGUGGCUCCGUUAAUGGUGACGAUGUUGAUGAUGAAGAUGAUUUCGACUGUGAUGAUGAUGAUGAUGCUGAUGCUGAUUUCGCAAACGUACGCAUUCCAGUAAGUGCUGCCCGGAGUCGAGCCGCAGAUAGUCCAACAUUACGUGGCAACACCGGUCGUGGAACAUCGACCACAAACGUCAAAGUGAUGCCAAACCAAUUGCACGACAAUGUCGAUGGUGGUGAUGACGAUGAUGACGAUGAAGGCGACUAUGAACAUAGAAGUAAUUAGAAAAUAAUUUAAUGCCCAAAUAUUUCGUAGGUAAUAUUAAUAUUGUAACGCUAAAUAUGCGCAAUGAAAAGCAAAUGAGAAUUACAUUGAAAAGAAAUAACAACUACAUAUGUAUAACUAUUUGAAGAUAUUUGAAGACACACAUACACAUAUGUAAAUGUCCUUGGAAAGAAUAUGAAAUAUAAUAUAUAUACAUAUAUUUCGUCAAACAUGAAGUUGGGGUUAUUAAUUGAGAUAAAAGAAAAGAAUGCCAAUGAUGAACGCAUGAAAUAAAAAGGACAACGAGGCACAGUAAAUGUUAAUACCUUUGACAUAUAUUUACCGUCUGUUAAUGAUUUACUAAAUACAGUUACGAUUGAAUUUCAUUAGACAGACACACACAGAGAGAGAGAGAGAGAGAGAGAGAGAGUAGGAGAGUUAAUGCGUUCGCUUGCAUCUUUACUAGGGAUAUGCAGGACACCUAUUAUAUUUACAGUUAUUUAAAUUUACAAUUUAUUAAUCUAUCCGCCGAGUAGAGUCUGAUUAAAACAACUGUUAAAAACGAAUUCUUAUACUUACUUAAUAGUGUUCUACUUAUACUGCACACCCUCUUCAGCUAGCUGCACUUAUUGAACGUUUGUCGAAAUAGACCAAUAAAAAAAUAGAAAUUUAAGCAGAUGCAACAACAGUAACGGCAACAACCGGAACUGCCGCAAAAUAAACUGCUAUUUUGCUUUACAUACAUACAUACUCCUAUAUAAAAUUCGAUUUCCAAGUAGUUUAGACUUCGACCAUAUACCCAUUACGAAAGAUUUUACCUAUUUGAUGUAGUUUUAUUAACUAUUAUAUAAACAAAUUGUUUAUUUAUGCAUGCAUCCAUAUGGAGCAGCCAGCGUAUUUACAUACUCAUUACGUGAAAUGCAAUUCGAAUGCAAAUCGAUGCCUGGAAACACGUGUGUAUAACAAUUAAGCAAGUUUUAGCGAUUUUAUGUUCUUCUUUACAGCUCGCUGUUUGCUUUAGAUCAUAAGAGUCGUUGUAAAAAAUACACCGAUCGACGGUUUUUGUUAUUCAGCGGUCAUAGGGCGGUCAAAAAAACAACAAAUUGUGGUAGUGUUCUAUUAUCUCAUUGACUAUCACUACUUUCAAAAGCUGCCCAUUCGAUAUUACGGUAAUUUUAAAAUUCCAAUGUCGUGCUGUAACUUAUGCAUACGUAAAAAUGGGUCUAAAUAUUGUAGAAAUGAGUAUAAUUUCGGGGUACUGUUGAGGCUGUAGCACCGAAACUAAGCUAAGAACUGUUUCCGCUGUAAAUCAA